GGACAAUGGCAAUGAGCACCCCAGUGUCACCAGGUAGGCGAAGAUCUCGCAGAGCAUCCCGCCCGCCAUCCCUCUCCGCGUCGGUCUUUGUGCAGCAGGCCAUGUGUGGGCAGCUGCACGGAGUAUGAUGGCAUCGCCCACGGAGUCGGUGACUAGUACGGGUAUCCUGGUGCGGAUUGAGGUUGAGGCUGAUGGAGAGCCUUUGGGGCUGCGGAUCUCGGUGCGGAUCAUCACCAAAGGACACGACGGACGGACGUAUCGCAUCCUUUGCUUUGCAGGCAAUGCGCAUCGGAGCCGAGGGUGCAUCUGCAGUGCAGAGCAGCAGCGGCGUGCGCCCCGCCCACAUGGCCAGCAAGACGGCCUUGCGCGCGGCCAAUGAGAGCCCCAGCCUGCAGUGAAGGCGAUAGACAAGCGG